AUGGCUUCCGAUCGGCCACUACCUAUUUCCGGGGCAUGGGAGACCCCGGAUGCCUAUAUUGAGGCUCUCCUCUCCUUCUCGACCACAUCGGUGUUGUUCAUGAACUUAUGUGGUGGCGUGCACAUGGUUGACUUUUUGACCCGCGAACCCGAUCUCUAUACAACAAGUCUACCGGAAGAUUGGAGACAAUUCUUCACACAGCAUGACAUUCAAGAUAUCAUCCGUCUACUGCUUCGGGAGGAUGUCGAGCCCUUGCGAGGCGCCACCGGGCCUGCUGUAGAUCAAAGCAGCCGGACGUGGAAUGGAGGAGCAUUUCCUCCCCAGACCCUCUUGGAGUAUAUUUCCAAUGUCCGUCAGCUGACGCUCCAGCGAGACAUGUGUAAUGCAUCUCCCAAGAGCGAAUUGCCCAAGCAAGUCGCGAUGCGCAUGAAUCGGAAGAAAGUACAUGAGGUUGAACACUUCUCCCAAUAUGUCGCAUCUCUAUCAGAGACUGUCCACCAGCGCCGAGGCGAACCAGUCUCUCAUAUCGUGGACUUUGGGUCUGGACAAAACUAUCUUGGUCGGACGCUGGUCAGCCCGCCAUAUCACAAACAUAUCAUUGCAAUCGAACGCCAACAUCAAUACAUCAGCGGAGCCAGGAACAUGGAUGUUCGAGCAAAGUUGGCGAAAGAUCCCAAAGCUCGAAAUGCGCAGAAAGAGAAAGACUUACCUUUACCUGAUGGGAAACGCGAUGCCCAGAGCAGUAUUCCGGAAGAGACUGUGUCGGAAACGACCGGUGCUGAUAAAUUGACCAUAGAGGGUCUGCAGCUCGCAGAGGGCGACUCAAACCUUGACAUGUUGGGCGAUAUCAGCCUCACUCCCGGCGAGCUACUUGGAUCGCCCACCAAAACUCCACGCCCAGAAAAACCAGUGAAGCAGGACGCCGAUGCACGCGGUACUUUGAGCUACAUUGAACAUGAUAUUCAAGACGGCUACUUGGAGCCAGUUGUCGAUCACAUCAUUCAUCCUCCAGCUGAACAUACCGACGAGAAACCUAGAGGCACCAAUUCCAGAUUGAUGGUUGUCUCUCUUCAUUCCUGUGGCAACCUCGUUCACCACGGGAUUCGAUCUUUGAUUUUGAACCCCUCAAUUGUAGCCGUCGCCAUGAUCGGCUGCUGCUACAAUUUAUUGACAGAACGCCUCGGUCCAAACAAAAACGAGCUUCCUGUCCUCCAGUCCCUCCACCCUCGGCUCAGAGAGGCGGGAGCAUCAUAUGAUCCACAUGGAUUCCCGAUGUCUCAACGCUAUGAGAACUAUCGAAGCCCUGGAGCAACAACAGGCAUGAAACUGAACCUUACAGCUCGGGCACUAGCCGUCCAAGCCCCAUAUAACUGGACCCCCAAGGAUAUCGAAGUAUCCUUCACCCGCCAUUUCUUCCGCGCUCUUCUCCAGCGCAUCCUUCUUGACCGGAACGUGAUCCCCAAACCCUCUGCGCCAGGAGACCCCCUUCCCGAAUCAAAUUCAGACGCAAAACCAGACUCCAUGAUCAUCGGCGCGGUCCCUAAAGCUGCCUACAAGUCUUUCAAUGCCUAUGUUCGCGCAGCGACAUUAAAGAUGGCUCGGGACCCGAACUAUGGAAGCCGGGUACAGGAGCAUAUUGCUACCAUGACCGAUGAGGAGAUAGAUGGCUACGAGACUCGGUAUGCUCAUGCAAAGAAGCAGAUGAGUGUCGUGUGGAGUCUGAUGGGAUUCAGUGCCCAGCUUGUGGAGGCUAUCAUCGUUGUGGAUCGGUGGCAAUUCCUCCGUGAGCAAGAGUCUGUCAAGGACUGUUGGGUUGAGCCGGUGUUUGAAUAUGGCGAGAGUCCGCGCAAUCUGGCAGUUAUUGGACUGAAGAAGUGA